AUGAUUAAAAUUAAUUUAACUCUCAUUCUUCGAGGGCUUUAUGCUUUUUGUGGUUUAUUAGUAAUACUUUGUGGAUUAAUCCAUCUUUGUAAGUGGGGCUGGUCUAAUUGGUCAAUUCAUGGUGUUAAAUCAAAUGCUUCUGUAAUUUGUGGAUUUGUUGCAUUAUUACUAAUGGUUAAUGGUAUUUAUAUGAUUAUUUCUCCAUGGGCUAUGUUUAUCCCAGUUGCUAAACAAUAUAUUAAUUUCUGGAAUGCUCCAGUUACUAUUGCAUGGUUGAUUGUUACUGGUAUUAUUACUCUCUUCUACGUUGGAUUCUUUGGUCUUUUCACUAGUAUUAUUAUUUGGCUUGUUUCCAUUUAUGCCAUUGUUGUUGUAGUUUUAUCUUGUGUUAAAGGAGGUGAUGAAGAACAAUCAUCAGAAGACAAGAAUGAUCCAUACAACCCAUAA